AUGCCGCUAUUUCCUCUGAAUUUGCCGCCGUCACUAGUGCUUGGAGCCAGCGUUUUGACUGCUAUUAGUAUGUAUGUUCUAUUUGGACCAGAAACAAAAACAAGGCGUAAAAAAGGACACCCAACAGGUUUAAUCAACUAUGGCAAUAAUUGUUUUGCCAAUGCAAUUCUUCAAUGUUUGUCAGCGUCAUCUAAAUUUAUUACAUGGUUAGAAAAUCAAGUUAGUUCAAAAGUAACGCCUCUGGCAGAAAAUCUUCUCGAUCUCAUGUAUUCAAUCAACGGUAAAGAUCAUCGUUUUAUGUCAGAGCAACCAUCGUCAUCUAUGUCAAGUCAAACAGUUGCCAGUGUCAUUGAAAGUCUUAGACAACCGCAAUGGUUUCGCACAUUUGAACAACAAGAUAGUCAUGAAUUUCUUCUAUAUCUGUUAACGUCGCUCACACAAUGUUAUUCAUCGGAACAACAAACAAAUUUGCUUACAUCAUUUGAUAAGGAAGAAAAAGAAGAUGACACGAAUCGUGGUUCUACCGGUACCAAUGGAACAUUAUCGAAUAUUCAUCCGUUAGUGGCACCGCAUCCAUUCCAGGGUUUACAAGCCACUCAAUUACAAUGCACACAAUGUAGUCACAAAAAUCCGAUUACUGUUUCAUUAUUCGAAAUAUUAUCGUUGACAAUACCUGAAAGACGCAUUCAGCUGUUUGGUGGUCAGAAAGCAUUCACAUUAGAAGAACUAAUUGGCAAUUAUUUGAAAUCAGAAAUGAUCCAUGAUCUAAAAUGUAGUAAAUGUCAUUCGUUAGAGAAAAAACCAUUUAAAAAAGUCACAACAUUUACAAGGCUGCCAGAAAUACUUUGUAUUCAUAUUGUGAGAACAAUAUGGUCACAAUAUGAAGCUUCAUCAACAAAAGAUAUGGUACAUGUUACAUUUCCUGACAUACUUUCAAUGGAUAAUUUUGUUGCUUUAUCUCGUAUGUUUCCAACAAGAACAAAAUCAUUAACAACAUCAAAAAUGAUGUACGGAGAACUAUCUGAAAGACGUUAUCGUUUGAGUUCAGUGAUUGUACAUAUUGGAGGUAUCGCAAAUGCUGGCCAUUUUAUUGUUUAUCGUCGAAAAUUAGAUUCAGAUACAACAUGGCUAUUGAUAUCAGACGAUGCAAUACGAGAAUGUUCUUCUUUAGAAGUGUUUUUUUCUAAUGCUUAUAUGCUGUUUUAUGAAAGAAUAAGAGAACAACCAUUACAGCAAGGAUAA